UUCUAGGAAUUUGGGCACCGGUGGGUGGGGCGAAGCUGGGGUCGCCGACCCGGUCUAGGGUUGGAAACGUCGUCUCCCUUCCCGGCUGCUGGACCCGAGGCAGCGUCCGGGCCUCCGGCGGGCCUCAGUUUCCCCAGCCUCCCGCAGGCGCCGGGACGCCCAGGGCCCGGGUCCCAGGGGCGCAGCCCCCCGCGGCUGCGCGCUGGGCCGGGCGGAUGACAUCACCGGGCCGGGGGCGGGGAGGGAGCGGGGCGGAGGGGAGGGAGCGGGACGAAGGAGAGGGCCUCCUCCGCGUCAGGCGCAGCGCCCGGUCGGGCUCGGUCGGGCGACCGCGGCCAUGACGCAGGGUCCGGGCGGGCGCACGCCCCCCGCACCCCCGGCGCCCCCCGAGCCCGAGGCGCCCACCACCUUCUGCGCGCUGCUGCCGCGCAUGCCGCAGUGGAAGUUCGCCGCUCCCGCGGGCUUCCUGGGCCGGAGCCCGGCUGCAGCGCGCACGGCUGGGGGCGCGGGAGCCGCCGACUCCCAGCCCGAGCCGGCCGGUCCGGCUGGCGUCCCAGCGCUGGCGGCGGCGGUCCUGGGCGCCUGCGAACCGCGUUGCGCCGCGCCUUGCCCGCUGCCCGCGCUCAGCCGCUGCCGGGCCGCUGGGGCCCGGGGCCCGCGGGGCGCGCGGGGGGUGGCCGGGCCCCCGGACGCAGCCGCCGACGAGUGGAUCCGCAAAGGCAGCUUCAUCCACAAGCCGGCGCACGGCUGGCUACACCCAGACGCCAGGGUCCUGGGGCCCGGGGUCUCCUACAUCGUGCGGUACAUGGGCUGCAUUGAAGUGCUGCGCUCCAUGCGCUCUCUGGAUUUUAACACCCGCACCCAGGUGACCAGGGAAGCCAUCAACCGGCUCCAUGAGGCGGUGCCUGGCAUCCGGGGCUCCUGGAAGAAGAAGGCCCCCAACAAAGCGCUGGCCUCCAUCCUGGGCAAGAGCAACCUGCGCUUCGCUGGCAUGAGCAUCGCCGUGAGCAUCUCAACCGACGGCCUCCACCUCUCGGUGCCCGCCACGCGCCAGAUCAUCGCCAACCACCACAUGCAGUCCAUCUCCUUCGCGUCGGGCGGCGACACGGACAUGACGGAUUACGUAGCCUAUGUAGCCAAGGAUCCCAUCAACCAGAGAGCCUGCCACAUCCUGGAGUGCUGUGAGGGCCUUGCCCAGAGCAUCAUCAGCACCGUGGGCCAAGCCUUCGAGCUGCGCUUCAAACAGUACCUGCACAGCCCCCCCCGGGUGGUCGUGGCCCCGGAAAGGCUGACCAGGCCAGAGGACUCGGCCUGGGGGGAUGAGGAGGAAUCGGAACACAAUUACUACAACAGCAUCCCAGGGAAGGAGCCGCCCCUGGGCGGGCUGGUGGACUCCAGGCUCACGCUAACUCAGCCCUGUGCCCUCGGGGCCCUCGGCCAGGGAGCAUCUCCUGCUCAAAGGGACACGUGCAGCCUGCCGUGGGACCUGGGCGCCUCCAGUGCUGGCCCGCCGGGGGACGGCUACGUGCAGGCCGACACCAGGGGCCCCAGAGACUACGAGGACCACCUGUAUGUCAACACACAGGGCCUGGACGCCCCGGACGUUCUGCAGCCAGAGGACAGCCCCAAGAAGGAUCUGUUUGACAUGCGGCCCUUCGAGGAUGCUCUCAAGCUGCACGAGUGCUCUGUGGGGGCGGGCACGGCGGCGGCGCCCCUUCCCUUGGAGGACCAGUGGCCCAGCCCCCCCACCCGCCGGGCCCCCAUCGCCCCCACGGAGGAGCAGCUGCGGCAGGAGCCCUGGUACCACGGCCAGAUGAGCCGAAGGGCGGCGGAGAGGCUGCUUCGAGCCGACGGGGACUUCCUGGUGCGCGACAGUGUCACCAACCCCGGGCAGUACGUCCUCACCGGCAUGCACGCGGGGCAGCCCAAGCACCUGCUGCUCGUGGACCCUGAGGGCGUGGUGCGGACCAAGGAUGUGCUCUUUGAGAGCAUCAGCCAUCUGAUCGACUACCACCUGCAGAGUGGGCAGCCCAUUGUGGCCGCGGAGAGUGAGCUGCACCUACGUGGUGUGGUCAGACGGGAGCCCUGAGCCAGGUGACGGUGCUCUGCUCCUGCUCCUGUCCCGCUCCUCAGACGCUCCCUGUCGAGGCCUUACGGGCUCCUCAGCUUGUCUCUGGAUCCUGGUCAGGCAGAGCCGCCGCUGUCUCUACUUCCUCGGGUUGGGCCUCUGGAUUUUCCUUCUCUAGCUGGCCUUGGGCUGGGCCAGCGAGGCCAAGAGAUGGGGGGCCGAAGACCCCCUUCCCUACCGACCCCUGCCUGCCUCCACCCUCUGCCUGGGGUGAGGGUUUCCAUACCAAAGACAGAAACUUUUCUCAUCUCUGAAGAAAAUACAUCACAGAAUCAGUGCUUUCUCUCCGAGCCCUGGCCAGGGUCCCCGCCGGGUCCAGGAAGCAGCAUCUUUCCCCAGAGGGACUUCAGCUCACCUCCCUGGAAAGAUGGGUUCUGUCCUUGACCGGCUCAGUUUCUCCACCUGAAAAAUCAGUGCACAGUUGUCUUUUAUGGGGAAGAAUUGAGGGGCUUCGGGUCCUCAGGCCGGGACACCUGUGGAUGUUGGCAUUGGGGUGGGGGAGCCUCAGGGCCCACUGGGACGGUGGGGGACAUCCGGGCAGCACCAGGACAAUCCACCCUGGUGGGGGUGGUCAUGAGGGCCCUGUCCUCCCAGCUGUCCACCUGGACUGGACAUUUGGGUCUGUUUAUAAUUACAUGUGGAGAUGAUGGACACUGAGGGGCUCUCAGGUUGGGAGGCCCAGGCCGGUCUCCCAGGUGGAAAGCAAGGCACAGGUGUGUCCUCCCGUCCAGGGAGGGUGUGGCCCUGGGGGUGUGGCGCUCCCAGAACCGUAGCACUGCCCUCACAACUGUUUCCAACCCCAGAUACAGUGUCCCCACUCCUCUAUCAGACCCAGCCCGGUCCUCUCCAGGGAAGCACCGUAGUUUAUCUCCUGCGGGCUGCAGAUCACUGUCUUUGAAGAACAUUGGGCAAGGAGCUCUUCCUCUUCUCCUCCUGACUGCUCUUAACUCAGCCCUGAAUGUGGCCUGAUUUCUCAGGUGUCCCCACUGCUGUCCCCUAGGAGCCUCUGCUUAUCCCCAACACCUCCUCCAGACCUUCCCUCACGUGAUUUCUGGGCUCUCCCUCCCAGAGACCUCAUCUCUCCCUGGGACCCCUCCUCUGACUAUCCCAGAGAGCCCUUCCCGACCCUCACCACACCCUGCCAGGGCCACACCUGUGCCUAGGGUCUGGUUUCUGAAGUCAGCAGGCCCCAUCCCCACACCCUGGGGAAGCAGCAGCCCCCAUAGUCAGUCUGUAACUGGGGGGUGGGGGGAGCUGUCAAAAGGCAGAGCCGAAGGGGACUCUGAUACCUUGUUUCUUAGAGACAUGGAGAUGGAGGGGCCAGUCUCUGUCCGUCCAUCCAUCCACCCACCUAUCAUCUACUCACCCAUGCAUCCAUUAUUCAUCUCAUCCUGGUAUCCUUUAGUAUGCCAGCAUUGGGCUCCCCUUAUCUGCCUGGACCUCUGGUGGGUAACGAGGAUUCAGGAGGGACCAAGACUGAUCUGUCCUCACGGAGUUGACAGUCGAGUGACAUGAAGCAGCAAAUCCCCGCUAAGUGUGUAAUGACAACAUGAAAGGAUGGAGGCCUGGAAUUUAGCCCAGGAAAUCCAGGAGGGUGGGAAUGA